UAGGAUUGUGGGAUUUCUGGCCGGCUCCCAGGAAUCCGCAGAAUGCAAGCGCGCUCCCAGAGGCAUCUUGCAUCAGCCCGGGGAAGUUUGCUCCUCGCCUGGCUCCCCCUGCCAGGGUGAGGGGCGAGGAGCCCGCCCGCCACCGCUCCGGACUGCCGACAUGCCAGCCUGCCCCAGACCAGCCCUGCUGCUGCUGUGUGUCCUGCAGGCUGCGAGAGCCCAGGUCAACCCAGCUGUCUGCCGAUAUCCCUUGGGAAUGUCAAGUGGGCACAUCCCCGAUGAAGACAUCUCAGCAUCCAGCCAGUGGUCUGAGUCCACAGCUGCCAAGUAUGGACGGCUGGACUCAGAGGAUGGCGAUGGAGCCUGGUGUCCCGAGGUCCCGGUGGAGCCCGAUGACCUGAAGGAGUUCCUGCAGAUUGACCUGCAUGCCCUGCACUUCAUCACACUGGUGGGCACCCAGGGACGCCACGCUGGGGGCCAUGGCAAUGAGUUUGCUCCCAUGUAUAAAAUCAACUACAGCAGGGAUGGCACUCGCUGGAUCUCCUGGAGGAACCGGCAUGGGAAGCAGGUGCUGGAUGGAAACUCCAACCCCUAUGACAUCGUUCUCAAGGACUUGGAGCCACCCCUUAUCGCCCGUUUCAUCCGCUUCAUCCCCGUCACUGACCACUCCAUGAAUGUCUGCCUGCGUGUGGAGGUGUACGGCUGCGUCUGGCUGGAUGGGUUGGUGUCCUACAAUGCACCGGCUGGGCAGCAGCUCAUCCUUCCUGGGGGCACUGUCAUCUACCUGAACGACUCGGUGUAUGAUGGGGCAUUUGGGUACAGCAUGACGGAGGGCCUGGGCCAGCUGACAGACGGGGUGUCGGGGCUGGAUGACUUCACGCAGACCCAUGAGUAUCACGUCUGGCCGGGCUACGACUAUGUUGGUUGGCGCAAUGAAAGCAUGGCUGGUGGCUACGUGGAGAUCACCUUUGAGUUCGACCGCAUCAGGAACUUCACCACCAUGAAGGUCCACUGCAACAACAUGUUUGCCAAAGGGGUGAAGAUCUUCAAGGAGGUGCAGUGUUACUUCCGUGCUGAUGCCAGUGAGUGGGAGCCCAGUGCCGUCUCCUCAGUGCUGGUGCUGGAUGACGUGAACCCCAGCGCCCGCUUUGUCACCGUGCCUCUGCUCCACCGCAUGGCCAGUGCCAUCAAGUGCCAGUACUAUUUUGCUGACGCCUGGAUGAUGUUCAGCGAGAUCACCUUCCAGUCGGAUGCAGCCAUGUACAACAACUCAUUGGUCCCCCCUGAGAUGCCCAUGGUUCCCACCACUUAUGACCCCAUGCUCAAGGUGGACGACAGCAACACGCGCAUCCUGAUUGGGUGCCUGGUGGCGAUCAUCUUCAUCCUGGUGGCCAUCAUUGUCAUCAUACUGUGGAGGCAGUUCUGGCAGAAGAUGCUGGAGAAGGCAUCACGAAGGAUGCUGGAUGAUGAAAUGACGGUCAGCCUCUCCCUGCCCAGCGAAUCCAGCAUGUUCAACCACAACCGUUCCUCCUCCUCCAGCGAGCAGGAGUCCAGCUCCACCUAUGACCGUAUAUUCCCCCUGGGACCCGACUACCAGGAGCCCUCCCGCCUGAUCCGCAAGCUGCCUGAGUUCACAACGGGGGAGGAGGACACAGGCUGCAGUGGCCCUGUGAAACCAUCUCAAGCCAGUGUCACAGAGGGUGUCCCCCACUACGCCGAGGCCGACAUCGUGAACCUACAGGGUGUGACAGGUGGCAACACCUACUCGGUGCCAGCCCUCACCAUGGACCUGCUCUCUGGUAAGGAUGUGGCUGUUGAGGAGUUCCCCAGGAAGCUGCUGACCUUCAAGGAGAAGCUGGGGGAAGGCCAGUUUGGGGAGGUGCACCUCUGUGAAGUGGAAGGGAUGGACAAGUUCACGGGCAAGGACUUCGCCCUGGAGGGCUUGGAUGUGAGCUCCAACUGCCCUGUGCUAGUGGCUGUGAAGAUGCUGCGAGCAGAUGCAAACAAGAAUGCCAGGAAUGAUUUUCUGAAGGAAAUCAAGAUCAUGUCACGGCUGAAGGACCCCAACAUCAUCCGGCUGCUGGCAGUGUGCAUCACGGACGACCCUCUCUGCAUGAUCACUGAGUACAUGGAGAAUGGAGACCUCAACCAGUUCCUGUCCCGACAGCAAUCAGGCAGCCCCCUCACCAGCCAAGUGCCAACUGUCAGUGACCUGCGGUUCAUGGCCACCCAGAUCGCCUCAGGCAUGAAAUACCUCUCCUCCCUGAACUUCGUGCACCGAGACUUGGCCACUCGCAACUGCCUGGUGGGGAAGCGGUACACCAUCAAGAUAGCUGACUUCGGCAUGAGCAGGAACCUCUACAGUGGCGACUACUACCGCAUCCAGGGGAGGGCAGUGCUCCCUAUCCGGUGGAUGUCCUGGGAGAGCAUCCUGCUGGGCAAGUUCACAACAGCUAGUGAUGUGUGGGCAUUCGGUGUGACACUGUGGGAGACCUUCACACUCUGCCGUGAGCAGCCCUACUCCCAGUUCUCCGAUGAGCAGGUCAUUGAGAACACCGGCGAAUUCUUCCGGGACCAGGGCAGGCAGACCUACCUUCCCCAGCCUGCACUUUGCCCUGACUCAGUCUAUAAGCUAAUGCUGAGCUGCUGGAGACGGGACACUAAAGACCGUCCCUCCUUCCAGGACAUCCAUCGCCUCCUCCAAGAGUCAGCCAGUGAAGAAUGACCCUUUGCUCCCCACCAGCCUGGUCUCCAUCCCUCCCCAUCCCCAGAGGAGCCCAAUAUGCAAACUGAAGCCACUUCACUUGGACUUAGCAAUAAAACCCGGGCAGCUGGUCUUGUUCUCAUUGUACAGUGAAGCCUCAGAGGAAAACCCCAAGGGCAGCAAGGAAGGACACAGCAUGGGACAACUUGGACUUCCUGCUCACUUGCUGAGCUGAGCCUGGGAGCAACGUGGGCUAUAAUGAGGGUUAUUUAUUGACACUGUGUUCUUGGUGACAGUGAUCAGGACAGAAUGGCUUCUCUUCCCUGGUCAGAGGGGAGGAACAUCAGCUGGACUUUCUCUGUGUGGAAGCUCCCAGCCAAUCUGUUAGGCCUGGAAAACGAAUGCAUGUGGGUAUAUGCCUGCUGGAGCAGGGACUGUGUAGCAGCCACUACCUGCUUGAGGAGGAGUGGGCAUUGCCACUGGCUCACAGCAGGCUGUGCAAUUAUAGGGCAAAACCAAAAACUCUCUGGACAUUUUGGGCUUUGAACAUGUCACAUAGAGGGGCAGGAAGCUCUGUCCCUGCCAGCCAGACCCUGGUUGCACAGAUGGAAGCCUGACAGCACUCCCAGCUCCUUGCUGCCUGCCCAGCACAAGGCGAGCCAAGAGGACAUCCUCUUACUGACCUCUCACCUGCUCCCACCUGUUUGAUGAGGUCAUCAAAAAUACAGCACUCCAGAGCUGCUCAACUGCCCAUGAAAUGCGUUUUGGAUGCCCCACAGGUGCUGCACAGCAGCUGGCAGCAGGAUGUUAGCACCUUUCACCUCCAAGGGGAAAUCUACUGGUCCUCCUCUCCUGCAUCUUCACCUUCCAGGAGAGGAAUGCACAUAGCAGAGCUUUCACUGAUGCCCAAGCCUGCAACAGCUCGUGUGCAUGGAGCAGUGGGCACCCCAUUCCUCCAUGGCUCUGGGCCCAGAGGUCACAGCUCAGCUGAAGCACUGGGGCUGGACUUUGCUGUCCUGAGCAUCCUGCAGCAGUCAGGCACAAGUCCAUGAUCCUGAAUCCGGCAGCUCCAUGAGCAAAUUGGGCAGGUGCCAGAGCCAUGUGCCCUACAGGAGCCCCAGCAGGUUACCUGCCAUGACCCAGAACUGGACCCUCCUGUGAUCAGACAGGAGAAACGUUGUACUUAGAGGGUACAUGAACCCCUCCAUACUUUUGUAUGCAUUAGUUCAGCACCAUCAAUUCAUGCGUGGCACAGUUUCCAGUAUACUAUUGCUAAGGCAUGUAUAUAUUCAGUAGAUGCACCUACAUAUAGGGGCAAACCCGCUGAAGAAACACUUGCUACGUGAA